AGUUUGGAGGACGGUGCUGAGGCAGGUCGGGUAGCUGUUCCCGCUCUCCAACUGAAAAUGUUGAGGGAGACCGCAUGUUUAUUUUUGGGUCAGUGACAGUAUGUCAAUGGCCGGCAAUGCUUCGCAGCGGAAGGCUCUGAGAUACCAGCAAACCCUGUUGUAUGGACAGUACAGGGAGCAGCUGGGAAUCACAGCUCAGAAGAAAUCUAGGCAGCUGUUUUACACAAAUCAGGCUCAUCCUGCUACUCAGGGGGCUGGAAAACCUCCCUCAGAAACUGCUGAACAAAAUGAUCAAUUCUUCAAGAGGAAGAAGCUGCAUCGUUACUCUGAGUGCAGAGACUGUGUGGCGCGAAUGCACAUGUACGUUGUGGAGAAGCUGGGUGAGGACUGGAUCUUCCUGGUGCUCCUGGGCAUUACCAUGGCCCUGUUGAGCUGGACCAUGGAUUACGCUAGCAGCAAGAGCCUGCAAGUGUACAAGUGGAUGUACAGUGAGCUGAGGGGGAACGUGGCCCUGCAGUACCUGGUCUGGAUUGCAUAUCCCAUGAUGCUCAUCAUCUUCGCCUCCCUUUUCUGCCAGAUGGUGGCACCGCAGUCAGUCGGUUCGGGCAUUCCGGAGAUGAAAACCAUCCUCAGAGGGGUCAUGCUGAAGGAGUAUCUCACUGUCAAAGCCUUCGUGGCCAAAGUCAUCGGCCUGACAGCUGCCCUGGGCAGCGGGAUGCCUCUGGGCAAAGAGGGCCCAUUCGUGCACAUAGCCAGCAUCUGCGCAGUAAUGGUAAGCAAGCUGAUGUCCACCAUCUCCGGUGUGUACCAGAACCCCUAUUGUUACACAGACAUCCUGACAGUGGGCUGUGCCGUGGGAGUCGGCUGUUGCUUCGGCAGUCCUUUGGGAGGGGUGCUGUUCAGUAUUGAGGUUACAUCUGCCUACUUUGCUGUGAGGAACUACUGGAGAGGCUACUUUGCUGCUACUUUCAGUGCAUUCAUAUUCAGAUGUCUGUCUGUAUUUAACAAAGAUGCAGUCACCAUAACGGCUCUCUUCCGCACAAACUUCCGCAUGGACUUCCCCUUCGACCUCCAGGAGCUCCCCGCUUUUGCUAUCAUAGGCAUUUCUUGUGGAUUUUUGGGUGCCUUCUUUGUCUACCUCAACCGCCAAGUGGUGCUGCUGAUGCGAAGACAGAACACGCUGACCAGCUUCCUCACUAGGCACCGAUUUGUUUAUCCAGGUGUGGUGACCUUUUUGGUUGCAAGUUUAACCUUUCCUCCUGGAUUUGGACAGUUUUUUGCUGGAGAGCUGAUGCCCAGGGAAAGUGUCAAUUCCCUUUUUGACAAUUUCACCUGGUCCAAAAUCUGGAACUCCCCGGUGCCCCCUGGCCUGGGCAAGUCGGCUGCAUGGCUGCACCCUGAUGUCAAUGUCUUUGUCAUCCUGCUCCUUUUCUUCAUCAUGAAGUUUUGGAUGUCAGCUGUUUCCACUACGAUGCCCAUUCCCUCCGGUGCCUUCAUACCCGUCUUCAUACUCGGUGCCACCUUUGGCCGACUGGUCGGAGAAAUAAUGGCCACUCUGUUCCCCAGUGGGAUCCUGUUUGAUGGGAUUGUGUACCAGAUCCUUCCGGGAGGCUACGCGGUCAUUGGAGCAGCAGCUCUGACGGGGGCCGUGACCCACACCGUUUCCACCGCCGUCAUCUGCUUUGAGCUGACGGGCCAGAUCUCGCACAUCCUACCCAUGAUGGUGGCUGUGAUCCUGGCUAAUAUGGUGGCUCAGGGGCUGCAGCCGUCGCUCUACGACUCUAUCAUCCAAGUCAAGAAGCUGCCCUACCUGCCGGAGUUGGGUUUUGGACACUUCAGUCACUACAACAUAUUUGUGGAGGAUAUAAUGGUCAGGCGAGUGAAAUUUCUCUCAUCACAGUCAACAUAUAGGGAGCUGAAUAAUCUUCUGGAGUCUACGUCAUUCACAACCAUCCCCCUCGUUGAAUCAAAGGAGUCCAUGACCCUGCUGGGCUCCGUAGAGCGAUCUGAACUGCAGGAUCUCCAUGAUUGGUGGCUCUCUGCCGAGAGACGUCUUCUCAGCCAAAGCCAGGGCCUUCAAGGUCAAAGUGUGGGUCUCCGGGCCACAUUGGCUUCUGUAGACGAAGACGCUGGAGAUGAAAGUGGAAUCAAGAAAACCCCCCUACCAGAAGGGAGAAGUCCUCUCCCAGCCAUGUAUGCCAGGGCCGCUUCUGUGAAUCACAUAGUUGCAGACAAACGCCCCCUACAGGCAAUGAGGAGAACACUGCAGAGUUUAUUUUCUUCCUCCACAGACAGGCAGACAUAUGAACACACAGAGGUGCCUGCUUCUCCUGAACUUGUGGAUACAAUGUCUCCAGAGGAGAUCAAGGCAUGGGAGGAGACAGAACUGGAUAAGCCUAUAAACAUAGAGCAGGUGCACGUUGAUCCCUCACCCUUCCAGCUGGUGGAGAGGACCUCACUGCACAAGACUCACACGCUCUUCUCCUUGCUGGGCCUCAGCCACGCUUACGUUACUGGUGCCGGGAAGCUUGUCGGAGUCGUGGCGCUGAAGGAGCUACAGAAAGCCAUCGAGGGCUCAACUCGCAGCGGGGUACGCCUGCGCCCUCCUCUGGCCAGUUUCAGAGAUUCCAGUCGCAAAUCUUCCAAAUCCCACCAGUCACCAUCCUCCCCGGUCCUGUCCGCACGGCAAGAGAGGGAGCCGAAGGUGUGGAUAGAACAGGGGGAAGAAAGAGUUGAAAAGGAGGGAGAUGAGAAGAAAGAUGAGGGCAGCAGUAUCAGACAGGCCUCCAUAGAUUUGUCGUUCCUCCACCCUGAGCUACCACUAGAGGGCACUUUUGACGAUGAAGACUUCGUGUAGACUAGGAUCAGCCGGUUUUUUGGGAAUAGUGCGUUAUGAUUUAUACGGAUCGGGAUUCUUUCUUUGUUCUUCUUGAUUUCAGGCUAGUCCUUCAAAAAUGUUUGGGUAGAGCUUUAGAUUCAAACCACCUGUUCAAUAAUCAUAAAAAAAAAAAUCCAAUUUUGAUAGCUAUGAUUGAGGCUUUGAUUACGUAGCUCACAACGAUAUCUCACAAUCUCAGAGUUUCUGCAUAUAAUGUUAUUGAUUUUACAGCAUGUAAUUAUGUGAUUAACUUUUUAAAGAAAAUGUGUUACUACUCAAUACCUAACUAAAUCAUCAAUCGAAAAACAAAUCAUUUAAUAAAGUCACCCAUUCUCUACUUU